GUGUGGAUCUGCGUGGCUUGCAUGGCGGCGUGUAUGGGCGCGCCAGCACCAAGCUCCGAACCCUUGUACCUGGACAUCAUUGACAUGGCAGCCAUCAGUCGGAUGUCGCCGCAACAGCUAGAAGCAUUGGCAGAGGGACUUGCAGCUGAGGAGAUCAUGAGAACCAAGCGGUCAUCAGCCCAAGCGCUGACGUCAGUGGUGUCAAAAGCAUCUUCAGGGCUGCAGAGUAAAGUUGGACUGUUGGGUCAAGCCUCAGCGUUCAUCGCGUCAGCAUCAAGCAAGACUGGUGGUGGCGGUGAACACACUGGAUACUCUUAUGAACCACAAGGCGAAAAGUACGACUACUGGGGUUAAAAGUCCAUCCUUUACACGCUGUUCCAAGCUGUUAAAGCCAUAACUGGAGGGGUGACGAUCCUCAAAGGACAGCUGAUCAAAGGCGGUGGGGCUCUCGCGAGCACCUUGGGUAAAGUGAUUGCUGUUAAGGGAGAUGCUGUCAGCAAUCUGGGAAAGAAGAUUGUCAGCUCAGCCGCACUUAGUGAGAAGAAGCCUGUGGCAACCGCAGUGUACGCCCCACCGACUUCCCACUUAGAAUACGGACCCCCCAGCGCAUACGGGGCUCCAACAGCCCCCGCGCACUACUCUCACACCGCCCCUGCUGCUCCCACGGGAUUCGCCGCGCAUAAAUACCCAUCACAGUUAGACGGCCAUGGUAAACUGAACGGGGUGCACGCCGGGCUUCUUUUACUGGCGCCGUUGGGCGACGGGACUCCAAGCGACGGCUGGGACACAACAAAAACAGGACACACACCCAUAGAACCACCAUCCUCCAUCCUCCACUCAGUGUACAGCGCCAUCAAAAACACUUUCUCCACAGCUCCUUCGUACCAUGAGGAACCUUUAGUGAACCAGCCCCCACCUCCUCCACAACCAGUCCCAGAAUUCAAGCCCAUGGGCUGGGGAGCCGUGAACUCCUACGGCGAACCAGCUAUGGUCGACGCAUACUCUGAUUAUGAUCCAAGAAACACGCACCCGCCUUUCGAUUAUAGUAUUUCCAAACAUGCGGUAGUGACGCAUUCUAAAGGUCUCACUCCUGAGAAAAUGCAAAAGAUCAGGAAUAAUUUGAAGAAGGUUCAGGUUUACCUCAAUCAAAACGAAAGGUCUAUCGAAGAGGUGCCACAAUUCACUCGAUUAGAGAGUUAUGCUAAAAUGUUGAAAAAAGGACAGGUUCCUUUCGUUUCCACUCCUGUAGUACAUGAUAAUGAAAUAGGGGUGCUACCUGCGGAGCUGUUACCAGACCCACUUUUCACCACGUCCUCAUCCACUACAACUUCCACUACCACAACAACCACGACAACACAACCGCCACACACUACAGAACAGAAUAGAAGGAAAGACGUGAAGUACAUUCUUCGCGGGAACAAGAUCGUUCAAGUGUGAUACGACUGACUUGACUGACUUGAGGUAUGUGAUGACUUGACGUUGACUGACUAUUUACCGUAGAUCCAAAUUGUAUA